AUUCGCUUCAACACGUAAAUUUCGUCAUUCGCCAAUGACAGAUCAGAAACAGUUCUAGAACCAUUUGCUGUGUCGUGAACGCUGUCCAUUCGCUCACACCCAUCCCUCGAACAUGACCUUCGUCUCAAAUGAUCCCACCUACUGGCCGUAUAUCGGUUUCAACAUUUUCUUGAGCUAUUGGACAGUUGCCGCGCUAGUUGUGGUGGUAUACGAUUGGGUCUUAACACUCGGACAAGAGAUUGAACUCAUCUGGAGAAGACGCUGGUCUCUCAUGACCGUGCUGUAUUUGAUUAUACGCUAUAUUGGAAUACCAUAUUCUAUUACCAAUAUCCUGGAAAACAUGGCAUCAGUAUCGCUGACAGAUGCAGUGAGCACUAUCGCGAACCACGCAGUGAAUGGCACAAAUGUGGCCUUGACUGCCAUGUUGGGCGUCAUCAUGAUUUCUCGGUUGCAUGCCAUGUAUGAGGGAUCUAGAGCGAUGCUGAUGUUCCUUGUCAUUAUCUUCCUGGCUGUAAACAUCGCCUGCGCAGUGAUCAUGGUAAUAGCCCUCAAGUACCUUGUAGGGGGGGAACUGAUAAUCUCUGGCGCGCAUAUGUGCGGUUAUGAAUUGGAAGGGACCGACCCGCUGCUUAUUUCAAUGAUAUCGGUCCUCAACAGUGUUUGGGAGGUCCUCGUACUGUGUCUUUCAGUCUGGAUUGCUGUGAAACACUUCCGUGAGAUGCGACGAUACAGCCUCUCGACAGGAUCGAAGAUCGUGGACUGUUUCAGAGUGCUGAUACAAUCUCACGUUCUCUAUUUUGCAAGCUUUGUUGGUGUCUCUUGCAUCCAGCUUGUUUAUCUCUCUCCAAAAUUGAAUGCGAAUUCUAUUGGAGAUCAGAUACUCGAUGGUGCUGUUCAAAUUUUAUCGGUCGUGCAGAUGUUUGUGCUGGGACCACGCCUCAUCCUUAGUGUUCGAGAAUACCACGCUGAACUUGUGGAAUGCUCCGACGCAGAAACUACCAUGAAUACGAUUAUCUUUCUGGAGCAUGUACAUGUAUCGACUAGCAGUACUGUGUAGGGAAAUACUUGCCGAGUCGUCUGCAGGGGGGAGAAAUUGGUGGAGAAUCCGUC